AUGAGUUUCGGGGCAGCGUGCAUCUUCCUGCGAGGAGGGAAAAACAUUUCAAGAGAGCUGGCGGAUGAUGAGAUUGAUGAGCUGCGUGAUGCAUUCAAUGAGUUUGACAAAGACAAAGAUGGGCUGAUCAGCUGUAAGGACCUGGGGAAUCUGAUGAGGACGAUGGGCUACAUGCCCACAGAGAUGGAGCUGAUCGAGCUGAGCCAGAAUAUCAACAUGAACCUUGGUGGCAGAGUAGACUUUGAGGACUUUGUAGAUCUGAUGGCCCCGAAGCUUCUGGCAGAAACAGCUGGGAUGAUUGGCGUUAAGGAGCUCAAAGACGCCUUUAAAGAGUUCGACGUGGAUGGAGACGGAGAGAUCACGACAGAAGAGCUGCGGUCGGCCAUGACCAAGCUGAUGGGAGAGCACAUGAGCCGGAGGGAGAUAGAUGCCAUAGUAAAAGAAGCAGACGACAACGGAGAUGGCACAGUAGACUUUGAAGAGUUCGUCAGAAUGAUGUCCCACCAAUGAUGGCUGAAGAGCCAAUAAAGGAAGAGCCUUUGCACAUCCACAGACAUCCGUUAAUCAAGAUGCCGUCUUUCUUUAAAGCUCUUUGACAAAUGAGCUUGUACAUUUAAGGACAAACGCCUAAUAAUUAAAUUUUAAAACAGUGCUGUGAAGAAAAGUCGAGCAUUCUCGGAGAGAAUUAAAUCUAUGCAAAUAUAGACAAACAAUCAUGUACUGAGAUAUCUUUUAAAGAUGACUGUAACUAGUGUGUAACUAUAUCGAACUAUAUUUUAUAUACAGGAAGUCAUUUUGGAUUGUUUUGUUGAAUUGGAUUGAUUUUUUAAAAAUGUAUGUGUUGAACAAUAUUCA